AUCAGCUGCUGAGCGGCGUUAUCUAAAAUUAUUAGGCGGGAGAGGCAACGCCGCCAGUUUAGAUUAAAAUAAAAUUGCCUUAAAAUUGCUUAAAAAAAACAAUACAAUUUCCCAAGAAAAUGGAGCCACAGAUGCAAGCUAAAAGAUACUGCGGCCUGGGAAAUCAUGAACUUACUGCGCCAUACAGAACGAUAGAGGAUAACUGGAUGUUGAACUUUGCCAAACGGCUCAAUGGGGAAAUCCGGCCCAGCACUUUAAUCUGCGACAGCUGUUUGGUCACAUUGAAGGAAGUGUAUAAGAAAAAAGUCAAAAGAGCCGUCCUCCAUCAUAAACAGCGGCAAAAAACAAGCGGCAAUAGUAUCUCAGAUGUUAGCUCUAGUCAAAGGGCAGGGACAUCGUCGGAUUCGUAUCAGAGUCAGCCCCUUAUGCACGCCCCAGGGGCUGACAACAAUGUGAAUAAGCGUAGGCGUCGUGUCGAUGAAGAGCCAUCGAGCACAACUCCGACAAUACAUCCUCAAGAACAUACAUCUUCAACAAGUGCAGCAGCCUUGGCUUUGGCAUCACUAAAAGCUGCUGCCCAGCAGCAGCAACAACAACAACAACAGCAGCAGCAGCAAGAACAACAACAACAUCCCCUAGCUACUAUAGCUGAAUCAAUGAGCCAAUCUAGUGUGAACAGCACGGACGACGACGAACCCUUGUUGAGCUUAAAUGCUGUAAAUGGAACCAGGUUACCUCACAUUCAGCCAAUUCCAAAGCGACGGCAGAUCCAGUUAACUGGGCCUCAUCUGGACAUCUAUUUGGCUGGCACCACCGGCGGCUAAGCCAUCGAAUCCAAUGGCCAACUUAGGAAACUUAAUUUUUAAGAGCUCUUUGACUUUGUUUACGAUUUUGGAGACAGCUUUAUGUACUGACUAUGAGAAUUCGCUUUAAGGCAGGAAUCUUUAUUGGAAUCCGUUUUUUUUUUCUCCGUUUUACAUUUGGAUAUGCUGGAUAAAAAUUUAUUAAUUUAAUGUUACGUCUUAAAGUAGAAUCUAAAUUUAUAUUACUUUUUUUUAUUGUUAUUUUAAGAAAGAAACUUAACUUGUCAAUGGAAUUGUUACUCAUUUUUUUACAAAUAUAGAAACAUUUAUAUAAAUUUGUUCACUUUCGUAGUAGUAUAGUAAUAUUAUCUGAAAAUAAAUAAAGUUUAAAAUAUACUAAUUUUUUAGAAUUUUA